AUGUCGCGGAGUGAUGGAGCUUUUAGUGAGCCGGGACGUAUGGAAGAUCUCAAGAAAAGAGAGGCAACUGGUCCACUGCCAGCGUCUCGAGUACGAGAUGAAGCUCGUAUCCUCACUUGCCUUUCAGGUAGCUUUUCCUCCGGUACCUCGUACUGGGAUAGCCGGCUGAAGUCCACAGACUGGUACGUUACAGGUCGCGGUGCCCUGCCCUGCCCUACCAUAGGGUUCUUGGAGAUCGCGGGUCCCAGCUUGGCGGUGGCUGAAUCAACAGGGUCUGUCGGGGAGAUGAAGAACUGGCCUGGGCUCCGCUGCCCGGGCACGCAUUCAUUCUUCUGCCGACUGACGGAAGAUAAGAAAUCUGAAAAGUUCUUUAAGGUUUUUUACGAUCGCAUGAAAGUGGCACAGCAAGAAAUCAAGGCUACUGUCACAGUCAAUACUAGUGACUUAGGAAAUAAAAAGAAGGAUGAAGACUCAGACAGAGAUGUACCGAGCAGGAAAAGAGUGAGAGAGCCUAUGACCCAAAUCACUGAGGAGGUCCGGGAUCAGUUACUGGAGGCCUCCGCAGCUACAAGAAAGGCUUACAACACUUACCGGAGGGAAGCCGAUCCUGAUGAUCAUUAUUCGGCCGGAGAAGGAGCACAGGCUGCGGCAGACAAGAGCAAAGAUGACCUGGAGAUGAGUGCUGUGAUCUCAAUAAUGCAACCCAUCCUCCGGUUCUUGCAGCUUCUCUGUGAAAACCACAAUCGGGAUUUGCAGAACUUCCUACGCUGCCAGAACAACAAGACGAACUACAACUUGGUGUGUGAGACGCUGCAGUUUCUGGACUGUAUCUGUGGAAGCACAACUGGUGGACUCGGACUACUUGGUCUGUACAUAAAUGAGAAAAAUGUAGCGCUGAUCAACCAGACGCUGGAAAGUUUGACCGAGUACUGUCAGGGACCUUGCCAUGAGAACCAGAACUGCAUUGCUACUCACGAGUCCAACGGCAUUGACAUCAUCACAGCAUUAAUUCUCAAUGACAUCAACCCUUUGGGAAAGAAGAGGAUGGACCUUGUGUUAGAACUGAAGAACAAUGCUUCAAAAUUGCUCUUGGCAAUCAUGGAAAGCAGGCAUGACAGCGAGAACGCGGAGAGGAUCCUCUACAACAUGAGACCCAAAGAGCUGGUGGAAGUGAUAAAGAAGGCUUAUCUGCAAGGAGAAGUAGAAUUUGAGGAUGGAGAGAAUGGGGAAGAUCUUGCAGCAUCUCCAAGGAAUGUGGGACACAACAUUUAUAUAUUAGCUCAUCAGUUGGCUCGUCAUAACAAAGAGCUGCAGAACAUGCUGAAGCCGGGAGGUCAGAUAGAGGGAGACGAGGCUCUGGAGUUCUAUGCCAAGCACACGGCACAGAUUGAGAUUGUCAGGUCGGACCGUACCAUGGAGCAAAUAGUCUUCCCUGUGCCCAGUAUCUGUGAAUUCCUCACGAAGGAGUCCAAGCUACGGAUAUAUUAUACCACGGAGAGGGAUGAACAAGGCAGCAAGAUCAAUGACUUCUUCAUGAAAUCGGAAGACCUCUUUAAUGAGAUGAACUGGCAAAAGAAAUUGCGAGCUCAGCCUUUCCUCUACUGGUGUGCUCGCAACAUGUCCUUCUGGAGCAGUAUUUCCUUUAACCUGGCUGUCCUUAUGAACCUGCUUGUGGCAUUUUUCUAUCCAUUCAAAGGAAUUCGAGGAGGUACACUGGAGCCCCACUUGUCAGGCUUGCUGUGGACAGCGAUGCUGAUAUCUCUGGCCAUCGUUAUAGCUCUUCCAAAGCCCCACGGCAUCCGAGCCUUAAUCGCUUCUACAAUAUUACGACUAAUAUUUUCAGUUGGUUUACAACCUACUUUAUUUCUGCUGGGUGCAUUCAACGUUUGUAAUAAAAUCAUUUUUCUGAUGAGUUUUGUGGGUAACUGUGGAACCUUCACUAGAGGAUACAAGGCAAUGAUCAUGGACGUAGAGUUUCUUUAUCACCUGCUGUACCUUCUGAUUUGCGCCCUGGGGCUCUUCGUACACGAAUUCUUUUAUAGUUUGUUGCUCUUCGACUUGGUGUACCGAGAAGAGACCUUGCUGAACGUCAUCAAGAGCGUCACUCGCAAUGGGCGUUCCAUCAUCCUGACUGCGGUUCUCGCUCUCAUCUUGGUCUACCUGUUCUCCAUAGUGGGGUACCUUUUCUUCAAAGAUGACUUCAUCCUGGAAGUAGACAAGCUCCCUAACGAAACGUUACUGCCAGAUCGCACAGAACCAGGUGAGACCAUGACCGGAGAGUUUCUCUAUUCAGAUGUAUGCAAAGCAGGUAGCAGUGAAAACUGUUCUUCAAUCAUUCCUUCAGACCAACUGAUUGCUGAAGAAAUGGAGGAAGAGAAUAAAGAGCAUACGUGCGAGACGUUGCUGAUGUGCAUUGUCACUGUACUGAGUCAUGGGCUCCGGAGUGGGGGUGGAGUAGGUGAUGUGCUCAGGAAACCAUCCAAAGAGGAACCUCUUUUUGCUGCUAGAGUGAUAUAUGAUCUGUUAUUCUUCUUCAUGGUCAUCAUUAUUGUCCUUAACCUGAUUUUUGGUGUGAUCAUUGACACUUUUGCUGAUUUAAGGAGUGAAAAGCAGAAGAAAGAAGAAAUUUUAAAAACAACUUGCUUUAUUUGUGGUUUGGAAAGAGAUAAGUUUGAUAACAAGACAGUCACGUUUGAAGAGCACAUUAAAGAAGAGCACAACAUGUGGCAUUACUUGUGCUUCAUUGUGUUAGUGAAAGUAAAAGAUUCAACGGAAUAUACAGGACCGGAAAGUUAUGUGGCAGAAAUGAUCAAG